CGCUCAUCUGGCAGAUUCUUUCCCACUCCUUCUAUUUAUCGUCUGUCUCUUCUGUCGCUCGUUAUCUUAUAGUCUGACUGUGUCUUCCUAUUCUAUGUAAUUGUUAAUAAUUCUUUUCUUUCUGUCUAUAUACGUGUCUACGUAUCCAUAUAUCGAUAUCUCGAUAUCUGACGGAUUACUGUACCUAAUCUAUACUACAGACUGGUUGGCCUGCCACCUCGCCAUGUCUCUCCUGGGGACGAUCAAUCCGAAUCUGAACCCUGAACGCAGUGUGGCGGGACAUACGGACCCGGAAACCGAGGCACAGCUGGCGGAGAGCAGAUUCCAUGAUGAUGAAUCCAACAUGAGCUCCGCCCUGACGGCAGACCACAACCCCGAUGGGAUGGAGGAGGAGAAGGAGGAGGCCAUGGAGGAUGAGGUCACUCGCCUGGCGCGCCAGCUGACCCGCCAGUCGACGAGAUACUCCGUGGCGGAGAACCCUUUCGUCGAGACCAAGGAGGACUCGACGCUGAAUCCGUACGGGCCCAACUUCAACCCGCGGCACUGGAUGAAGAACCUGCUGGCCAUCCGUCUCCGCGACCCCGAACGGUACCCGGAACGUACGGCGGGCAUCGCCUUUCGGAACCUGAGUGUCCAUGGGUUUGGCAGUCCCACCGACUAUCAGAAGGACGUCGCCAACUCGGUCUUGCAGAUCGGAGCCCUCGUUCGCACCCUCUCCGGCACCGGCAAGCAGAAGAUUCAGAUCUUACGGGAUUUCGACGGUUUGGUCAGAAGCGGAGAGAUGCUGGUCGUGCUGGGAAGACCGGGCAGUGGUUGUUCGACCUUCUUGAAGACCCUGACGGGUGAAAUGAACGGUCUCUUUCUGGAUGAGAAAUCCAGCAUCAACUACGAAGGUAUCCCCGCCAAACAAAUGCAGAAGCAGUUCAAGGGCGAAGCCAUCUAUACCGCCGAGACCGACGUCCACUUCCCGCAAUUGUCGGUGGGAGACACCCUGAUGUUCGCCGCGCUGGCCCGCGCUCCUCGCAACCUGCCCGAUGGUGUCACCAGAGAGCAGUAUGCCAAGCACAUGAGAGAUGUGGUCAUGGCCAUGUUGGGUCUUUCACACACCAUCAACACCCAGGUCGGCAACGACUUUAUCCGUGGUGUCAGUGGUGGUGAGCGGAAGCGUGUCAGUAUCGCCGAGGCCACUCUUAGUGGCAGCCCUAUUCAAUGCUGGGACAACAGUACCCGUGGCCUGGAUAGUGCCAAUGCUCUCGAAUUUUGCAAAACCCUGAACCUGAUGACCAAAUACGCUGGCGCAACCGUCGCUGUCGCCAUUUACCAGGCCUCCCAGAGCGCUUACGACGUCUUCGACAAGGUCACUGUGCUCUACGAGGGCCGGCAGAUCUACUUCGGUCGUACCGAUGAAGCCAAGAGAUUUUUCGUGGACAUGGGCUUCCAAUGUCCCGAACGCCAGACGACUGCCGAUUUUCUCACCUCCCUAACUAGCCCUUCGGAGCGCAUCGUUAGGCCGGGAUUCGAAGACAAGGUGCCUCGGACCCCAGAUGAGUUUGCCGCGGCUUGGAAGCGCAGCGACGCCUACGCUGACCUGAUGCGCGAAAUCAACGAGUACGAACAGACCUUCCCUCUGGGAGGUGCCUCGGUGGACAGGUUCAUCGAGUCGCGCCGGGCGAUGCAGGCGACGAGCCAGCGAGUCAAGUCCCCGUACACCAUUUCCGUCUGGCAGCAGGUCAAGCUCUGCAUGGUUCGAGGCUUCCAGCGCCUCAAGGGAGAUGCCAGUCUCACCGUCACCCAGCUGGUCGGAAACUCCAUCAUGGCUUUGAUCAUUAGCAGUGUCUUCUACAACCUGGCGGAUGACACCACCAGUUUCUACUCCAGAGGCGCCCUUCUCUUCUUUGCCGUCCUGCUUAACGCCUUCUCCAGUGCACUGGAGAUUCUAACCCUAUACGCUCAACGUCCGAUCGUCGAAAAGCAAGCCCGUUAUGCCAUGUACCACCCGUUUGCCGAGGCCAUCGCCUCCAUGCUAUGUGACAUGCCCUACAAGCUACUCAAUGCAGUCACGUUCAACGUUACGCUUUAUUUCAUGACCAAUCUUCGGCGUACCCCCGGGGCGUUCUUCACCUUCUGGCUCUUCUCGAUUGUCACCACCUUGACCAUGUCUAUGAUCUUCCGCACGAUUGCCGCCUCCUCUCGCACCCUCUCCCAGGCAUUGGUCCCUGCGGCCAUCCUCAUCCUUGGCCUGGUCAUCUACACUGGUUUCACCAUCCCCACCCGCUACAUGCUGGGCUGGUCUCGCUGGAUGAACUAUCUGGACCCGAUUGCCUAUGCCUUUGAGAGUUUCAUGGUCAAUGAAUUCCACGACCGACGAUUCCGUUGCUCGGAUUUCAUCCCCUCGGGCACGGGCUAUAGUGACGUCGCUUUGGUGAACCAGAUCUGCUAUGCAACCGGUGCGGUCGCUGGCUCCAUGUGGGUUGAGGGAGACGACUAUCUGCAUACCAACUUCCAGUACUACGACAGUCACAAGUGGAGAAACCUGGGCAUCAUGAUUGCCUUUAUGAUGUUCUUCAUGUUCACCUAUCUGUUUGCCACCGAGUACAUCUCUGAAGCCAAGUCCAAGGGCGAGGUGCUGCUUUUCCGUCGUGGCCACCAGCCUGUCACCAGCCGCCCGGAGGAUAUCGAGACCAGCACCCAAGCUCCUCCUGCAGGCAAGGCUGAAGAUUCCCAGAAUGGCGAAGUCAGUACCGGUAUUCAGAGACAGACGGCCAUCUUCCACUGGCAAGAUGUGUGUUACGAUAUCAAGAUCAAGAAUGAAUCUCGCCGAAUUCUGGACCACGUGGAUGGUUGGGUCAAGCCUGGCACAUGCACGGCUCUGAUGGGCGUCUCUGGUGCCGGUAAAACAACUCUUCUGGAUGUGCUUGCCAGUCGUGUGACGAUGGGUGUCGUCACGGGCGAGAUGCUGGUUGACGGCCGACUUCGAGAUCAGUCCUUCCAGCGGAAAACAGGGUAUGUCCAACAGCAGGAUCUUCACCUCCACACUACGACCGUCCGAGAAGCUCUCCAGUUCAGUGCGGUUCUUCGUCAGCCCGCCCACGUCAGUCGCCAGGAGAAGCUCGACUAUGUGGAGGAAGUCAUCAAGCUACUCGGAAUGGAGACAUACGCUGACGCAAUUGUUGGUGUUCCCGGCGAGGGUCUCAACGUUGAACAGCGCAAGCGUCUUACUAUCGGUGUUGAACUGGCCGCCAAGCCCCAGCUUCUACUCUUCCUGGAUGAACCCACCUCCGGUCUUGACAGUCAAACCUCCUGGUCUAUUCUUGACCUGAUCGACACUCUCACCAAACACGGCCAGGCGAUUCUAUGCACAAUCCAUCAACCCUCGUCCAUGCUCUUCCAGCGAUUCGACCGCCUGCUUUUCCUUGCCAAGGGAGGCAAGACCGUCUACUUUGGUGAGAUUGGCGACAAGUCUUCCACUCUGGCCGCUUAUUUCGAGAAGAACGGCGCUCCGCCGCUCCCCGCGGAUGCUAAUCCGGCAGAGUGGAUGCUGGAAGUAAUCGGCGCGGCCCCUGGCUCCCACAGUGACAUCGAUUGGCCUGUCGUGUGGCGGGAGAGUCCCGAACGCCAGGCCGUGCUGGACCAUCUGGCGCAGCUGAAGUCGACGCUGUCCCAAAAGUCCAUCGAUGCGUCGUCCUCGGAUCCAGACGCCUUCAAGGAAUUUGCUGCCCCCUUCUCGUUGCAACUGUGGGAGUGCCUCAUUCGCGUCUUCUCGCAGUACUGGCGCACGCCCGUGUACAUCUAUUCCAAGUCGUGCCUGUCCAUCCUGACCGCGUUGUACAUCGGUUUCUCCUUCUUCAAGGCGCAGAACAGUCUCCAGGGCCUACAGAAUCAGAUGUUCAGUAUCUUCAUGCUGUUGACCAUCUUUGGCAACCUGGUCCAGCAGAUCAUGCCUCAUUUCGUCACGCAGCGCUCCCUGUAUGAGGUCCGCGAACGCCCGUCAAAGGCUUACUCAUGGAAAGCCUUCAUGACGGCCAACAUCCUCGUCGAGCUGCCCUGGAACUCGCUCAUGGCCGUCCUGAUCUUCGUCUGCUGGUACUAUCCUAUUGGUCUGUACCGCAACGCAGAACCCACAGAUGCGGUUCACGAACGUGGUGCCCUGAUGUUCCUGCUCGUCUGGACCUUCCUUCUCUUCACCUCGACGUUUGCCCACAUGAUCAUUGCGGGUAUCGACCUGGCAGAAACCGGUGGCAACUUGGCCAACCUGCUCUUCUCUCUGUGUUUGGUGUUUUGCGGUGUUCUUGCAACUCCGGAUGAGCUCCCCGGGUUCUGGAUUUUCAUGUACCGGGUUUCACCAUUUACAUACCUCGUCUCCGCGAUGCUUUCGACGGGUGUCUCCGGCACAGAGGCCGUCUGCGAGGCAGUCGAAUUCCUGCGCUUCGACCCGCCCAGCAACACAACCUGCGCAAGCUACAUGGCCGACUACAUCGCCGUCAACGGCGGGUACCUGGAGUACCCGAACGCGACGGACUCGUGCGCCUUCUGCACCAUCUCCUCGACGGACACGUUCCUGGCUGCCGUCUCCAGCCACUACAAGGACGCCUGGCGCAACUUUGGCAUCAUGUGGGCCUACAUCAUCUUCAAUGUCUGUGCGGCUGUCUUCAUCUACUGGCUUGCGCGUGUUCCCAAGGGGAAGCGCGUCAAGGAGGCAGCUUAG